GGUGGGUUCAGAAAACGAAAGCAUGACAAUUUUCCACAUGGUCAAAGAAGAGAGGAAAAAGAGAAUGUCAAUCCAUCGUCAGCUUUGAUGACAUCUUUUAAAUCAUUUCAGCUGGAGCUUGACACCAGGCACGAUAAAUAUGAACGGCUUGUGAAGCUCAGUCGUGAUAUCACUAUCGAAAGCAAAAGAACGAUAUUUCUGCUCCACAGGUUUACCAGUGCUCCCAAUGGGGAAGAAAUAAUCAAUGAAUCUGAAGUCAAGCUGGAUGCUGUCAGACGGAAGAUUAAGCAGGUUGCACAAGAGCUGAUUGGAGAAGACAUGUAUCAGUUCCAUAGGGCUAUAUCGCCAGGACUUCAAGAAUAUGUUGAGGCAGUCUCAUUUCAAUAUUUUAUCAAAACACGAUCUUUGAUUAGUGUCGAAGAGAUCAACAAACAACUAAUAUUUACAGCAGAAGACAGAGAAGAAACAACAAACACGACCUCCAAUUCCCACGACAAACUGCCACACACUUGGAGCCUGAAGGUAACACCUGUAGAUUACCUGCUGGGAGUGGCCGAUCUGACCGGCGAGCUGAUGCGGCUGUGCAUCAGCAGCGUUGGCAAUGGCGACAUCGACACGCCUUUCGAACUGAGCCAGUUCUUACGGCAGAUUUACGACGGGUUUACUUUCAUUGGCAACACUGGACCUUACGAAGUAUCUAAGAAGCUGUAUACCUUGAAACAGAGUCUGGCAAAAGUAGAGAAUGCCUGCUACACGUUAAAAGUACGGGGAUCUGAAAUCCCAAAGCACAUGCUGGCGGAUGUGUUCUCGACCAAAACAGAAUUGAUUGACCAAGAGGAGGGUCUUUCUUAAAAUGAGGAGAGUGUCGCAACUCGUAAGGAAAGAGGUCUUAGGGAGAGCUUUUUAGUUAUGGUUUGUGGGGUUUUGACCCUUUUCAAAGGUUUUUAGGUAGAGACAUUUUUAGUUUUAUCCAUGAAAAGAUUGUUUGCAGUGGUAAUUUGUAACCAAAAAUACUUCUUAUGAUGUGCAAGAGAACAAAUGUUUGACUUUGUCCUCCUGGUAUGGAAAUUCCUGUAUCGCUCCAUUGUAUCUUCUUUCAGAACGACCAAAAUUUCCACUGCGCUCUACACAGCGACUGUCAGUUGUGAGUCACCUCAGACUGGCGGGGUUGCUGUGAGCAGUUUUCAGCAAGCACAGCAGUGGGGGAAAAACAGAAGCGGUUAGGUACUGUUAUUUAGCAUUAUCCGUAGGUUUCUGGUGACUCCUGUUUUUUGAGUAUUUGGGUUCU